AUGAUUAGUGCUCGUGCUGUUCAUAGAUUUUUAAGAAAUCCUAAUCUUGAAACUGGUGCUGCUUUUAGAGCUGGUACAAGAUUCGACCCUUUCAAGAACACUUUGACUGUCUUGAAGGAUCCUUAAAACGGAAGAACUUUAUAUCUUAUUGGUACCACCAAUUCAUCUACUUUAUUAGCCAACAGAACUAAGGAUUUGGUCCAAAAAGAAAAGCCUGAUGCUGUAUUUGUUUAAACCAAUAAGGAAUGGUGGAACCUUGCCAAGAACAUCUAAGAUGUUAAAUGCCAAUAAGAACUCAACAGAUAUAAUGAUUUAUUAAGCCAAGCUUACACUUUGUCUUUGGACAAUACCAUCAGAAACCUUGUUUUCAAGGCCAAGUUCUACUCAUGGCUCUUUGUUAUUAAUUGGUUCAAGGCUUUCCCUGAUGACUUCCAUCCUUUCAUUCCUGGCUUGGAAAUGAAGUUUGCCAUCGAAGAAGCCAAUAAAUAAAAUAUCCCUGUCGUCCUUGGUGGAUUGGAAGUUGAUGAUGUCACUCUCUCUGCCUUGAAGGUCGAACCUAGAUUAGACCCCUUCUCCCAAUUAUACUACGGUUACAGAGCUCUCCAUAACUCUUUCUGGAGAAGAGAACACUUCGAUAACUACGCCACUCUUGAUGUUGUUGGAGGUGAAGCUUAUGCUGAAUCUAUGGAUAGAUUCAGAACUAACUGGUUCGUUAAAUACUUCGAAAAGCUAGCUCCUUACCAAAAGAAAAUUAUUGUCGACCAAAAGGAUCUUGACUUAUUCUAUGCUCUUUACAGAGAUACUCCUGGAAAGAAGAUCGUCGCUGUCGUUAACCAAUGGCACGUUCCUGGUAUUGAAAACCACUGGAAAUCUGCCACCAACACCCAUGAACCCUUAAAGGCUAUUAACCCUAUUGGUGAUAUGGAUAUUAAUAAAUACAUGGAAUCUCAACUCGUUAACGAUACCUUGAGAGCUUUCGUUUCUAAGGUUGGUAAGACUGAACCUGCUACCUGGAAGAACUACAGCACCAUUUAUCACAAAGAUAACUACGAAGCUGAAAGAGUUCGUCACGUAGCCUUUGUUGAUCAUAAGGAUCCCCAUAUGUAUCACGGACUUCCCCAAGAUUACGAUGACAAUAUUAAGCCCAAGCACCACUGA